AUGAGGCUAAUGGAAGUUGUCUACUGUGGACUUGGAGGCUACUUUCAAAUGGCGCACCCGGCUAUGAUGGAGGAGAUAAUUUCCUGGCAGGAUUCUUCGGGUUGCUUUAAAGCUGUAGUUGCGAACGAGGACAAGCGCGAGUUCAAGGACGACCUUGAAGUGGAUAGACCACUGGAAGAUGGGUGCUUACCACAUCUGACUUCAAUGGCAGUAAAUGCUUUGGCAAUGCACCUCUAUCGCUUCGCAACAGAAGUCGUAUUCGUGCCUGAUUUUCAUUCCGUUCUCCAGAUGGAGACCAUCUUCCUUAACAACGCGCAGAACCUUCCCGACUUUGUGGCUCCGGAGACGUCGCCGGCGCUGUGGUCACAGCAAGAGAAUCGUCCCUAUGCAUUCGUCCCAGACACCGUACUUUGA